GCGAAGCCUGGGUGGGUGGAAUGUUGGGGAGUCUGAAUGUUCCACCCUGGGACGGUCCGGCCCAGAGUUGGGACUGUUCCUGACGCCGCGCUUCCCUGUCUCCCUCCCGGCCCAGCCCAGCCCGGGGCCAGCACUGGUCAAUUGCAAUCCAACCAGGACCCUGAAGGGAUAAGGGAAGAUUGAGAAGAUGGUGGAUCACCUGGUGAACACUGAGAUCAACAGCCAGAGAAUCGCGGCCGUGGAGAGUUGCUUUGGCGCAUCAGGGCAGCCUCUGGCAUUACCAGGUCGGGUGCUCCUUGGCGAGGGCAUCCUGACUAAAGAGUGCCGCAAGAAGGCCAAGCCACGAAUCUUCUUCCUCUUUAAUGACAUUCUGGUCUACGGCAGCAUCGUGAUCAACAGACGCAAGUAUAGCAGCCAGCACAUCAUCCCUCUGGAGGAGGUGACCCUGGAGAGCCUCCCCGACACCUGGAAUGCCAAGAACCGCUGGAUGAUCAAGACUUCCAAGAAAUCGUUUGUGGUGUCAGCUGCCUCCGACACCGAGCGGGAGGAGUGGAUCAGGCACAUCGAGGAGUGUGUGAGGCGCCAGCUGAGGGCCACAGGCCGCCCCCCCACCAUGGAGCACGCUGCCCCCUGGAUACCGGACAAAGCUACGGACAUAUGCAUGCGCUGCACCCAGACCAAGUUCUCCGCCCUCACCCGGCGGCAUCACUGCCGCAAAUGUGGCUUUGUAGUCUGUGGGGACUGCUCCCGGGAGCGCUUUCUCAUGCCCCGCCUCUCAUCCAAGCCUCUUCGAGUCUGUGGCCUCUGCUAUCGGGAGCUGGUGGCAGAGAAGCGCAAAGAAGAGGAGCGGGAACCAGAGGAGGAAGGGCGGAGGCAACCCCAGCAGGACCUUGCUCACUCACGGGGGACAACCUACGGGGCGUCCAGUGGUGAGGAUGAAAGCGAUAAGUCAGAUGAGGAGAAGGACGGGGGCUCAGCUGGUUCCUGGCCUACGGGGGUGGAGUUCUAUGCCUCUGGGGUUAAAUGGUCAUCCUUCCACAGCUAACCUUUGUCCAAAAAUCAUUUGGGGGUCUGGUUUGAAGGAAACCGAGCUCCCUGAAACAGUUUCUUUUCUCUACAAAAGUAUGUGGUCCCAUUGUCCCUGUUUGUUCAGACUUCUUUGGUGAGGGCUUGGAAAUUGAACACUACAGGACAGGUCAGAAUAGAUUCUGAAUUCUGUUCACAGAGCCCCACUGUGCUGCUUUAUAGGGGAGGAGUGAGCAGUGAGAAAAAAAAAAAAGCCCUCCCAGUGCCCAUCCUCCAAGAGACCUGCUCCCUUUGGUCAAGCUCUUCCAAUUUAGCUGGAUAGAGAAACCAGGGUGUAUUAGGAGCUUCCCACCCCCAUAGGCUCAGGCUACAGCCUCUGCCUGUCAUCCAGCUGAGCCAGGGGAGCAUGAUGCAAAAGACUUUCAGAACCUGAGGCAGGGAAAGGCCCAGAGAAGACUGAAGAAGAGCAGUCACCUUCUAUUUUUGGAGCUCCAGCCCAUGGUCAUCUACAUCCAAAAGAACCAGCUGUCCCAAGGACACCCACUUCUCUGUUUAGUCUCCCACUCCCACUUCUCAGCAUUGGCUAUAUGGCCCCUAACUCCUCCGGUCUCAGUUCUCUGCCCUCCCCCAGCAACACCACUGCUACAUGUGUAGCUUCCUAGUGUGUAGGACCUGAUCAGAAACAUUUCCUCAUGUCCAGGCACCAUGCUUGGAAGGACCUAAGAACCAGUGUGGGUCCCAAGAACCCUGGUGACACCCGAAGCCAAAUGCCCAGAGAUUGCCGAGGUGCCACUUGAUUAGAAAAACUGCAACCCAGAGAGACCAGAAGUGUCUUGGUCUAUCCUAUCCCCUGGGUGUACAUCUGGACACGAUGGUGACCUCUCUAGGCCAAAGGGCAUUACAACGCUGAAAAAGCCACAUUUCUAUAGUCUAGAAAAGAGUAGGAGCAGCCCUAUAGCAUCCUGAAGGAGCUGAGAGGGAAGCUGGAUCAAUGUUGACAUGACUGUGGUACUUCCUAUAUGUUGUAUCAGCCCAAAUGUUCAAAGUUCACAAUAAUCACAGUGCAUCUUAUACCUCC